CAGAGAUAGAAGUUACAUUAUACUAGGAGGUCUGGGUGGAUUUGGGUUAGAGUUAGCCGACUGGCUUAUACUUCGUGGUGCCAGAAAUGUUAUUUUAAUUUCACGAACUGGAAUAAAAAACGGUUACCAGCGCAUGAAAAUUCGGCUGUGGAAAUCAUAUGGUGUAAAAGUUUUGAUCACCAAAAAUAUCGAUAUUUCUGACACCAAAGACUGCGAAUGUCUCUUGCGAAAUGUGGAAAAAGAAGCACCGGUGGAUGCAAUAUUCAAUCUCGGAUUGGUACUGAAGGACAACUUAUUGAAGAAUCAAACCGCAGAGACUUUCGCGGAACCCUUCUUGUCAAAGGCUCGAGCAACUCAAACAUUGGACAAACUUUCUAGAAAAAUCUGUCUUAAUUUACGUCAUUUCAUAGUGUUCUCUUCCGUUUUCUGCGGCAGAGGAAACGCUGGGCAGACUAAUUAUGGCAUGGCCAACUCCAUCAUGGAGAGAAUUUGCGAAAAGAGGGUGAAGGAAGGAUUACCUGGAUUAGCGAUUCAAUGGGGGGCUGUAAAUGAAGUGGGUUUUGUCGCUGAUAUGCAGGAGAACAAUAAAGAAUUAAUCAUUGGUGGCACUCUACAACAAAAGAUUUCCUGUUGUCUUGACGAACUCGAUAAGUUUUUACUUCAAAGCCGACCAAUUGUGAGCAGCAUGGUUGUAGCUGAAAAGAAAACAAGAUCUUCUGGAUUUAGCAAUUUGAUAGAAACUGUCGCUAAUAUUUUAGACAUAAGUGACAUAAAAGUUGUAAGUCCAAAUUCAUCUUUGGCCGAACUUGGAAUGGACUCUAUGAUGGCCGUGGAAAUCAAACAAACUCUGGAACGAGAAUUUAAUAUUCUUUUCACAAUACAAGAGAUACGAAAUCUUACUUUUGUAAAACUCAUUGAAACAUCCACAAAAAUCAGUGAUAAUAAUAUGUAUAAUAGAAAAGAACUCGACACAGAGAAGCCACAAUGGUUAGCACAUAUAGUUCUUGCUGUAAAGGAUGAAGACUUUAUUUCACAAACUUAUUCCACUCUCUCGACUAAAGGACAGGGAACUACAACUGAAGUAUUUUUUAUACCAGGUGUUGACGGAUGUGGAACUACAUUUAAUCAUUUAGCACCAAAUAUUUUAUUUUCAGCAACAUCCUUUCAUUAUAACACAAGCAAUAUUAAUCCUACUACAAACAUUAUAUCAGAGAAAACUGAUCAUCUCAUAAAGGUACCAGUGAAUUGUAUCA